GUGAGUAGAGUAGAGUAGAGUGAGAUUCAACAGGAAUUACUGUAAACAAACAUGAAUUAACUAGCAUUGUGGUCGCUUUCACUGCAAUAAAUGUGUCUGUAAGAGAUUACAUCACCCGCCCACCAUCUUGUCGGCUCUGCACUGCGCUGCUCUGCACUGCUCUGCUCUGCUCCGUCAAUUUGCUCUCUGAAGGUUUAAACUUUACCAAAACCCAACCACUAUAUUCCCCCAAUUCCUUAUCGGUCCGAACUUCAAAUUACAUAUCUUUGAGGUUGAGGUGCGACGAUGAGAAACUUAGCUGCAGAUGCCAAUUGAGAGAGGAUCCAAAGGGGAUGACGAUGAGUUGGAGACGAAGUUUCGGUGAAUUCCAUGGAUUUUUGUUGUUUUCUUCUUCUUCUUCAGUGGGAGUCGUCAAGGAUAACGAUGAUGAGCAAACUCAUGCUUUGGUGGAUUACGCAAUGCGUUUGGCGUUCUACGCCGGCCUCACUGCAAUAUUCUUGAUGAUCACUGCCUUGAUCAUCAAGCUCAUGUGGAACUGCGACGAGGAAGAAGGCGGCGGAGGAGGAGAGGCCGCGAGGGAGAGCAGCAGAUUGCUGCCGUCUAAGAAGAAAUCAGGAAGAGGAGGAGGUGAAGGUAGCAACUAUGGCGGCACGGGCAGCAGCCCGGAUUUAGAAACGGGCAGCAACGCCACGUCAUCGUCGUCGUCCGAUGACGAGCUGUACGAUGGGCAGAUAUGUGUGAUAUGUUACGACGACCAGCGGGAUUGCUUCUUCGUCCCUUGUGGCCAUUGCAUUGCUUGCCACACCUGCGCAGCCAGGAUUAUGAAGGAGGAAAGCAAGAGUUGCCCCAUUUGCAGAGGGAUCAUAGAAAAGAUAAGAAAGCUACACAUCCUUUGAGAAAGACGACGACAACGACCCAACAACCAUUGUAGAUUGUGUGGUGGUGUUCAAAAUUCAUUGAUGUAAUAAGUAGAAGAAAUGGCACCAAUCAUGCCAAUUUGUAAAAUUAAUACUAUGCUGAUUUUUCAAAUAAACACUUAAAUUAUCUAAUAAAAAUCAACUAUUAUAUGUGAUGCUAAUUGAU